AUGUCCAGCUCCCUCUUCGGGCUCAUCCCCGCCGGGCUGCCGCUCAUCACGGAGCCCACCUCGGUGCCGUCACCCACGUCGCUGCUGUACGCGCUGCCCUCGCAGCGGCCGUUUUCCCACCUCGUGCUGUUUCUCCUGCCGGGCGUCGCCCUGCCCGCCGGCACCGCCGCCGCCAUCUACAUCGCCACCGCCGCCCAGGUCGCCGCCGCCACGGAGCAGGCAGCGCCGCCACCCUUUCGAUUCCUCGGCGCCAUCGGGCCCGGCAAGGAGAGCGCCAUGUUCAAGGUCGGCGGUGGAGGCUCCGAGGCCCAGACGAGUAGCCUGGUCAUUGGCCUGUCGAUUGAGCCCGAGGACGAGGUGGCGCGCAAGCUGCAGGAGCUCGCCGCCGCCGCGGGCCAGACCGGUGCGUCGCCGUCCCAGCCGUCGACGGUGGUGCUGGCGCAGCGCAUCAUACAAAACGCCUUCAACUUCCUCACCGGCUUCAGCGGCACCACUGCAGUGAUGGGCGGCGUCGAGGUGGUGCCGCUCAAGGCCUUUCAGGAGUGGUGGCGCAAGUUUGAGAAUCGCGUGCGCAACGAUCCCAGCUUCUUGGAGAGGCAAUCCGAUUAA